GAAAACAUUCAUUUUUAGUUGUAAGAGCCGUUUGAUAUAGGAGUGUGAAGUUUAUAUGUUUUUUUCCUGUGAACGUGGCGUUAACGCAAGUUAAUUCCAGUUUGGCGAAGAGAAUAGAGGCCAGCUCUGUUUCUUUGUACGAUGAGGUCAAGUUUGUGUGCUUUUCUACAUCUCUAUAUUUGUUACUCUGUGUUAGCUGACCCCUGCGAAUCUCAAGACACCUGUAGUAAAUGCAUCACAAAUGCCAAUUGUGUUUGGUGUGAAAAGGUAGAUUAUGAAGGGAUACGAUGCAAAUCGUUAAAUUCAGAAAUACAAAAGCAGUGUCCAAAUGAUUUGCAAAACAUGCAUAGUACAGUGACCGUCACUCACAAUGAUGAUUUUACUUCGUCGUCGAAGCACGUUGUACAGAUUGCGCCUCAAAAUAUAAAACUAAAACUUAGAGUAGGAGAACCCACUAAUUUCAACUUUAAAUAUAAGCAAGCUGAAAAUUAUCCUGUCGAUUUAUAUUUUCUACUGGACGUGUCCAAUUCAAUGAAGAAAAUAAGAGACACGCUAAUGAAACAAUCGCAAGAUCUUUAUAAUGUCAUGAAAAAAUUCACAAGCAUAAUCCGUUUAGGUAUCGGCACUUUUGUAGACAAAAACACUUUCCCAUUUGUGAAUGAUCCCCAGAAAAAAGAAGUUUAUUCUUUUAGGAACCAACUACCGUUAACAGAUAAUGUGACAUUAUUCAACGAAACGUUGAAAAACACAAAAUUUAUCCAAAACUUUGAUUUGCCAGAAGGCGGUCUCGAUGCCCUGGGGCAAGUAUUAGCUUGUAGCAACGGUCCCGAAAAUAUUAUUGGCUGGAGUCCACAUUCCAGGAAAAUCGUAUUAUUCAUUACUGAUGAUCAAUACCACGCAGCCGGCGAUGGUAUGAUAGCUGGGAUAGUAACUCCAUAUGAUGGUAAAUGCUAUACAGGGGCUGACGGUGUAUACAAAAAAGAAUUGGAAAUGGAUUACCCCUCUGUUGCCGUAAUUAAGAAGUUGGCUAAGAAGAUUGGUGUCAUUACCAUAUUUGUUGCUAAAGAUAGUGUAGAGUCUAUAUAUAGCGAUCUAGCUGAUGCUGUUUACGGAAAAUCUGAGGCGUAUAGUAUUCAAGAAAACGCCAAUGGAAAGACAAAGUUUGACAAAAUAUUAAAGGAGGUCUAUGAAGAAAAAACAAAAACCAUUCGUUUAUUAACCUCUAGUACGCCAAAAACUGAAGAUUUUUACGAGAUUACAUUUACUCCAGACUGUAAAAAAAGAGAUUUUAUAUCAAAUGCAGAAUCAGAAAAUGAGUGCACCGUCAAAUUUUACGAAGAAAAGCCGAUUAUUGGUACUAUUACACUUAAAAAAUAUGAUGAGUCUGUAAGGAAUUUUAAGAUAGAAGUUAUAAUGGAUGGACUUAACGAAAUAUUAAAUUUGGACGUAGAAGUAAUCACUAAAUGUGAAUGUGAAGCAGGAAUAGUGAAGAAAGCACCUCAGUGCAAUAACAACGGGGCACUUGAAUGUGGGCUAUGCAACUGUGAUAAAAACUGGUUUGGUCAUCAAUGCAAUUGCACUCAAUAUUAUGAUAAAGAAGAUGAUUUUGCUUCGUGUAAACGGAAGGGCGAUGAUAAGGUGUGCAGCGGCAAUGGCGACUGCAUAUGUGGAGCCUGCAUUUGUCAUAGAUCUGGAAAUGAGCAAAAAUACAGUGGUAAAUAUUGCCAUUGCGACAUUGAUAGCUGCCCUAGAAGAAACAACAGCAUAUGCUCAAAUCACGGCCGCUGCCAAUGCGGAGUCUGUAGUUGCGACAAGUCGUGGACAGGACUCGCCUGCGACGUAUCCACGCUCAAAACCAACUGUAUCAAAAACAAUAAGGAAUGCAAUGAAAGAGGGAAAUGUUAUAAUAAUGGUUGUGUCUGCGACGUGUUACCUGAAUGGGAUGAAAGGAAAACAAAUGUGAAUAGUUUUUGCAUUAUAGUUCCUGAUUCUGGUGUCCAUAAUCGACAGUGCAAAGCUUUAGAAGAGCUGGUAUUAUGUACCUAUGAUGGAAAAGAUUUAUGCUCAACGAUGGAUAGUUUGAAAAUAUGUCGAAUUGAGGAAAUUAAUACAAAUGAAAAUAGCUCUUGGAACAUUUGUCAUGAUGUGAGAGUUGGUGUCGGAUGCUACAUUCACUUUGGUUACAAAUACUAUGAUGAAAAUAGGACUAUGGAAUUGGCGAUUGCAGAAAAAGCUAACUGCCAACAAAACUAUUAUGUGAUCGGAGGCAUCACCUUCACCACGCUGAUCCUAGCUGGUAUAGGAACGUUGAUCGGCUGGAAGGUGUUGACGACCCUACGGGACCGACGAGAGUAUGAGCAAUUCCUGGCGAGCAACCAACGCAAGUCCAGCAUCAGGAAGAACGUUCUAUACACUUCCCCUAUGCAAACUAUCCAAAACCCAACCUUUGUAGAAAACACAGAUCAGACCCAGUUUUAGUGUUAGGAAAAUAAUGUAUUUAAAGAACAAGCGAAAAUGUUACACUUACAGGGAAUAAGUCAUGUUCGCAUUAUUUAUUCAGAAAAUAGACCUUGAUGGCACAUUUUCAUGUCAAUUUAAAUUAUAUAGUACAUCUGUAAGCUACAAACUACUAUAAUUUUGGAAUGACUACUGCUGAUAUAAGAAAUGACGAACUAUUUUUUCAACUGUGUUAGUGUAUUUUGAGUGCUGAUUAAAAAAGAAACACGAUUAACCAAACAUUAAAAUUGUAUAGGCUUUAAGACCCGUCCAUCCACGAGUUUCAUCCACCAGUGGGUUCACGGGGAAUUUCUUUUACCCAUGCACCUAUUGCAACUUACAAUAGAUCCUCUGAGGUUUUAUUGUUUACAUAAAUUUAUUGGUUCUCCUGGUAUAAUCCUGAAUUUAUUAGCGUCAAAUAAAUGUAAAUGAACAAGUGCAGGUUCUAUAGUAAUAAGGAGAGAGAGAAGCUUUAAGGAAAACGACGGCAAUAAAACAAAAGCUAUUUAUAGGAAUGCAAUUCAAAUAAAAUUAUCUUAACAAUAAUAUAAUAUUUGUUAUACAAUUCAAUUUAACCUCCUCCUCUAAGUACGAACAUAAACUUGAGCAGACGGAGAAGCAUAGAUAAAAUUAUUCUUUUAUCUAUGCUCAGAAGUAAACAACGUCUUUUUCAAUCGUAUUUCUUAUUCCUUACCUAACUAACUGAACCAUAGUAAAAAUAUAUAUGACAUUUUUUUUAUUAAUAAUAGUAGAUUUAGUAUGUUUUUU